AUGUCGUCCAGACUUCCUGCCCGCAUCGUACCCCGCGCGACUCGCGUGGCUCGCACCACCAAAUCCACCCCUCGUCGUUUCCAGUCCACAGCUUCUUCCACCACACAAGCCGCAGCCAAUGCCGCCCCCAGCGGGACAGGUCACUUCGCUUCCGGCGUUGCUGGCGGUAUCGCCGGCGCUGCCCUCCUCUAUGGAAUUUACACCAUGACCCCAUCGGGCAAGAUGAUGAAGACGAUGAACGCAACCGUCAAGGAGACCAACAAGAAGUAUGAACAGCUCGCCGCCACCCUCAAGAACAAGACUCCCUCCACCGAUGAGGCUCUCGGCAAGGUCAAGGAGGUCUGCUACUCGUAUGCUGGCUGGGUACCAGGAGGCCGCCAGUAUGUCGAUGUUGCCUUCAAGGAUAUUGAAGACAUUCGGGACGCGAACAAGGAAGAGGUUGACAAGCUCGUCGCCGAGACAUACAGGGAGUUUCAGAGCAUCACGGCUGCCGGCCUGACUCUCGAGGCCGCUUCCCGCAGCUGGGAGGCCCUGCAAAAGCUGAGCCAGAGAAUUGCCAACCUCAGCGCGAAUGCUUCGGAGCAACUGCUCGAUAACCACCCUCAGCUCAAGGAGAAGUUUGGCGGCUCCUUCGACACCCUGAAGCAGAUGGGCUCUCAGUAUGGACCAGAGGCCAAGAAGGUCGUGGACGACACAUGGAAGCAAGUGAACGACAUCAUCAAGGGUGGCUUCACCGCCGAGAAUGCCGACAAGGUGCGGAAGUUGGUCGAGGAGAAGACACAGCAGGUGCGCAAGAUGGGUGACCAGGUCUGGGACAAGGGCUUGGAAACCGCCAAGCCUUAUCUUGACAAGAGCCCUGCGGUCAAAGACCUGAUCAACAAUAACAAGGACAUCCUCAAGCAAGGAAAUGCCUCGGAGCUCUUUUCCAAAAUCAAGAGCAUGUCCGAGAGCGGUGACUCGAGCAAGCUGGAAGACUAUGUGAAGCAGGCCGUCAAGAAGGCCAAGGAGUCUGGGGACACGGGCAAGAGCUGGACCAGUUCUAUUGUGGGAGGAAGCACUGGUUUCGGUGUGCUGAGCCAGUUCCUUGGUUUGUCAUCCGAGGGCGUAACACAGAAGGUCAAGGACAACAUUGGUGUCUUGUCCGAGGUGUAUAAGAAGCAUUCGGACGAGGGUCAAAAGCUGUUGGAGGAGACACAGGAGGACUUGCGUAAGCUGUUGGAGGAGAAGGCGAAGAAGGCCCAAAAGAUUGCCGAUGCUGCUGCCAAGGGGCAAUGA